CAAUCCUGCACAAUGCCCCAAAAAGUACAGCUGCAAGUAUUUCAAAAUAAUGUACAGUAUGUGACUAUGGAUAAAGACCAUAAUGAAUAAUGUUAUGCUCCCAGUCACUCUUUCUCUCUGCCUGUGUGUUUGCAUACAGAUUGAGGUCUUUGUAAAAGAGAGUCUGACAGAAGACACAACACACCUGCGGAAUAAUGCUUUACAUAGUGAAAUGACAGCCAUGCUGGAUCUUGGCACCAAACUGCAUUCCCAGUCCACCCAACACAUCAGGAGACUAACAGACAUGGAGACACAGGUUUUGAAUCAGACUUCAAGACUGGAGAUUCAGUCAUUGGAAAACUCCUUGUCCUCCAUCAAACUUGAGAACAAACUGCUCCGGCAAACCAGUGAGAUCAACCAACUUCGGGACAAAACAGACGCCCUAGAGCAGCGUAUGCAUAACAUGGAGGCACGCCAUCGUGCAGAGCUGGGUUGGAUAAAGAGUGAGCGGACAAAGCUCCAGAGACUCCUGGUAUCCCAGAGUUCUUCAAUACAGAGCCUGGAACAUAAUCUAGAGCAGGUCAUCACCAACAACAGUGCCCUCUACCGUGAGCAACUACAACUGCAUAGUACCAUCAAUAAUCUGCUUAAAAUGUGCCCCAAGAACAAAGGUAGUCCAAAAGUUUUCAAACAAAUGGAUGAACAGAAAAAAUACAGAGACUGUGCGGAACUCUUCCGGGCUGGAUUUAACAGGAGUGGAAUUUACACUAUCUACAUUAACAUGCAAGACAUGCAUAAGGUUUAUUGCAACAUGGAAAGUGCUGGUGGGGGCUGGACCAUCAUACAGUUGAGGAAAGAUGGAACAUUAGACUUCCACAGAACCUGGAAGGAGUAUAAGAUGGGCUUUGGGAGUCUGACUGAAGAACACUGGUUGGGAAAUGAGCUGGUGUACAAAUUGACCAAUCAGAGGCAGUGCACUCUUAGACUGGAGCUGACGGACUGGGAUGGCAAACUGGCCUUCUCCCAAUAUGAAAAGUUUUACCUUGGUAGUGAGAAACAAAACUACAGGUUGUUCCUGAAAAGCUACAGUGGUACAGCUGGAAGACAGAGCAGUUUGGUGAUAAAUGGGGCUGACUUUAGCACAAAAGACAUGGAUAAUGACAACUGUAUCUGCAAGUGUGCACUCAUGCUCACAGGCGGCUGGUGGUUUGAUGCCUGUGGCCCAUCAAACCUCAACGGCAUCUACUACACCUCUGGACAAAAUUCAGGCAAACUUGAUGGCAUCAAGUGGCACUACUUCAAAGGCCCCAACUACUCUUUACAUGCCACCACCAUGAUGAUCCGCCCAUUAGACUUUUGAGAAACCGAUCAUCUGUCAUCAAAUUGUCACACAUUUUCCCACAAUGAAUGAACUUAUACAGCAUGCUGUGUGAAAUUCAAUGUCAAACUGCUAUACUUAUAUGUUUCUUACCUUUUCCUCAUGUUAUACAUUGUGUUCUUUAAAUAGUCUGUUGUGUUGAUGGAAGUCUCUACUGAGGGCUUGACUUACUGGUGUCAUCAGCUUUCAGGAAAUUCAUGAACUGGUUUCUAAAGUCUAUUUGGUUACACUUUAUUUUGAUA